ACCACCCUGGCAGGGGCUCUGCCCAAACCACAGGAGGAGCCAAUGGGACUGGGACAGUGGCUGGGCAUGUGCAGAGGGCUCUGUUGGAGGAAGUGGCCAGGCCUCCCACCCCCAACAAAAGGCUGGUUCCAUAGGGUGUGUCCACUCUCGUCCCUUUACCCUCUUUCCUCCUCUGAGUCUGGAGAGGGGGGGACAACAGGCCAGAGGGACACUCCUGCCAUCUGUCACACAAUUGCCUGUCGAUGAAGGUGCAGGAUGGGUUGGUGUUAUCCUCUUUGUCUCCUGCAGUGGCUUCAAUUUCUUCCUUCUCCCCUAGGUAACUCAGCAGGAUUCACCCCAAAAAACCUUGCUGAGGUCAAACAAGAGAAACAUCUCUCUGGCUUCAAAGGCGGCUCCAUCCAAAUCCCCUUCUCCUUCUCCUACCCCUGGGAGUUGGCCAUGGAUCCCCAGGUGAGAAUAUUCUGGAGAUGGAAGCACUUCCAUGGAGAAUUUAUCUAUAACACAACCCCAUCAUUCACUCAUAAGGAUUUCUGGGACCGGCUCAGCCUGAACUGGACAAAGGGUCGGAACUCCGGCUUCCUCAGCAUCCAGAACCUGCGGAAGAAGGACGAGACGACGUACUUUUGCAGAGUCCAACUGAACACGCUUAGAGAUGGCCAGCAGAUGUGGCAGUCCAUUGAGGGGACCACACUCACCGUCACCAACGACAUGACCACCAUGCAGAGCUCCACCAGCUUAACCUCUGCACAUACCACAGCUGACCCCAAAGUCACAGAGGAUGAGAAGAUCUGGGAGUCUUGGCCCCUAAAUGUGGGAGCUGCAGUUGGAGUGACAGUGGCCACUGUUCUGCUCAUAAUCCCAGUUUUGGGAAUGAUGGUCUUCCUCAGGUGGAACAGAAUGCCAGCCAGUUGAAGCCUUAAUCCCAACCAGGAUGGUAGCAUCACCUAUGCCUUCCAACUCGACCUCACCAAGACCACCUCCCUGCCCCAUCUCAGGACGAGACCUACUGAGUGAGACUGAGUCACUUACAGUCCCGAUAGGAAGAGUCACAGCUUCUAAUAAUGACCAACUCCACAGCCAGAAGCAUGGGUGAAGUGGUAGGGCACCUGACUAGCCAGCAGUUUGCCCUGACUUCAAACCCAGCACCACAAAAAGAAAGUAAAGAAAGGAAGAGAACGAGAGAGAGAAAAGGAGGAAGGAAGAGAGAAAAGAAAGAAAGGGAGAGAGAGAGAGCGGAGAGAGAAAAAGCUUAGGGAGGCGGACAACUCAGCAAGUCUGAAGGUUACAAAGAAAGGGAAGUAGCUGUCGACUCCAGUCCCUCUCUAAUUCCCUCAUGUUCCCACAAAAAUAAAAAUACUCACAGCAUUUGCCUAAAAGAGUUCUCUAAGGAGAAAACUAAUGUGACCUUGUACUUCUGUCCCUCCCACUAAAAGUAAAUUCCAGAAGACCACCCACAUCCUGCUAGCACUUUUGGGUUUUUUUUUCCAGUGACUGCCUCAAUCCAGUGAACACGAAGCCAUAACUAAAGUGUGCUCCUAAAUCCAAAAAUACUCCCCCCUGAGACAGAUCUAAGGGUGUUUGAGGUGAG